CUUAACAUACCGUGUAAUGCGACAUACAAUGUUGACAACAGAAUCUGUCAGCGAAGUAUAAUCAAAUCGUUAUUAAUUAGCUUUGCUCGUAACUUUGAAUGGCCGUGAACUAAUAAUUUCAGAAGAAAAUCUAUCAAUAUACUCAAGUAGGCACUAUUGUACUCCAUACUGUAAAAAAUAAUAUUCAGAUAGUUCUAUGAUUUAAAUGCGGUCAAGUCUAUAUAAUAUAAAUGACUGUAUAACAAAGUUUUAAUCCAAAUACCAGUUUGAAGUACCUAUUCAAGAUUUAAAUAUUUUGUAUCGAUUUUGUAAUGACGCUUCGCAAGCCUCAAACUUAUAUAAAUACAUCAUGAUAAUUAUGUAUUAACUUCAUUUACGUUUAAUCGGCUAUGUGCAUUGCUAUUUGCGUAUACGUAGUUGUGUAUGCCGAAUCACUAAUAAGAGGUUCAUACCAAUACAUCACAUCAUUACGGAAUUCGAUGCUGGAACAAAUAUGUGGAUCAACCAUAAUUUCCCCCCACUUCGCUUUGACGGCGGCCCACUGCGUCCACGACCAUACUGCGCAGUAUUCCCUGAGUUUGAACAACUACUGCCUAGUUCCAGAUGACUCAUACCCGCAAGCUCAGGUGCUGGACAUUAUUACACAUCCUCAGUACGAUAAAGUAUCCAACGCUCAUGACAUAUCCAUAUUACGGAUUGACCUAAAUUUUUCUGAUGUUAGCUGGAUUAACGACGCGAUCCUCCCCACAUCUAGCUUCGGCAUUACAGGUGAAUGCUCGAUUUAUGGCUACGGCUAUAGAGACGACAAACAAAUUUCGGACACGCUGGUGGCUGCCAACGUGGGGAUAAUGUCGUUAGACCGGUGCGCGACACUGCUGGGGCCGUACGUCGCUCCUAGCCAUGACAGCGGAAUGAUAUGCGCCUUCGGGGGGAAAUCUGAUGGUUGUCAGGGUGAUUCAGGAGGACCUUUAAUUUGCGAUGGGAAACUGCAAGGGCUGAGUAGUUACGGCGUCGACUGCGGAUUGGCCGGAGCACCCGGUGUCUACGUCAGUACAGGGGCUCACUUGCAGUGGAUACGGAACAUUACCAAUCUACACUGAUAUUAUAAAAUUAAUCGCCAUACCACACAUACCCCGUUUGACUUUUUAUUGAAUUAAAUCAAUUUAUUGUUUUGCAGUGAUUUCUGAAUUAGGUAUAAAACAAAUUUUAGUGUGCAAAGAUAGUGAAUCGUUUACAUUUCUUACACUAGCGGUAUAUGUUUAAAACCUUGGUUUGUAGCCUACUAAAUAAAAGACUAAAAUGGACCAUAUCACCCUUUAAUCAACAACAUUUUUUCUAAACAUCAUAAGCAUCUUAUAAACUAAGAAGUUUUGCAGAAAAAUGUAUCAAGCUUCGAAACAUGAUGACUACUAUUAUACUGUGAAGCGAACCGACAAGGGUGCGAACACCGUGUAGUCAGAACUACUACCAUUAACUAUGCUUAACAUUUUAAACAUCCAAUGUCAAACAAAAGUAUUAAAUAUUAUGUUCAUAAAUAA